AUGCAGCUCUUCGUCGGCGGCCUGCUCGCCGCCUUGGCCGCCUCUGCCAAUGCAAUCGCUACCAUUUCUGUCAAGGGCGCCAAGUUCUUCACCAGCGACGGCGACCAGUUCUACGUCAAGGGUGUUGCUUACCAGCUCGUUCCCACCGACCCUUUGACCAACUCGACCCAAUGCAAGCUCGACGCGGACCUUAUGGAGGAUCUGGGCGCCAAUUCGAUCCGCGUCUACCACGUCGACCCCACGGGCGACCACGAUGAAUGCAUGAGCAUUUUCGAGGACAAGGGAAUCUACCUCUGGCUCGAUCUCGACACCUUCGACACGCAGAUUGAGCAGACGGAUCCUCGCUGGAACCAGACUCAGCUCUCUGCUUUCGAGAAGGUCAUGGAUGAGUUCCAGCAGUAUGACAACACUGCUGGCUUCUUCGUCGGCAACGAGGUCCUGACCACGGGCAAUGGCUCCGUCGCUGCUCCUUAUGUCAAGGAGGCUGCCCGCGACCUCAAGGCCUACCGGGACAGCAAGAACUACCGCGACAUUCCUGUUGGCUACUCUGCCGCCGACAUUGCCUCUCUCCGCCCCUUGCUCCAAAACUAUCUUGCCUGCAGCAGCAAUGCCUCGGAGAACAUUGACUUCUAUGCCCUGAAUGCCUACGAGUGGUGCGGCGACUCUACUUACACUCUGUCUGGCUACUCGGAGCUCCAGAAGAACGCCUCGGACUACAACAUUCCCAUCUUCUUCUCCGAGACUGGCUGCAACACGGUCAAGCCGCGUACCUGGUCCGACCAGGCGGCAAUCUUCGGAAAAAGCAUGGCUGACACUUGGAGCGGCUCCAUCGUCUACGAGUGGAUCGAGGAGGCUAACGACUACGGAAUCGUCAACUACGGCGCUAAGGUCGACGCUACUGCAUCUGGCGCCCCGCCGGACGGCUACCCGCGCUCUGGCACCCCAACCCCCGUCAGCCCCGACUUUUCCAACCUGAAAAAGCAAUGGGCCACUCUCACGCCCACUGGCGUCAAGGAAUCCGCCUACUCUCCCAGCCUGACGGCACCUGCGUGCCCGAGCUACACGGCCGGUGUCUGGGAGGUCAACGGCGAUGUUUCGCUCCCCACCCUCGGCCAAACGUACAACUCGGCCGUCCAAAGCAGUAUCACUGCAGGUACUGCGGCGACUGCUACCGGAACCGCUGCCUCUGCCAGUGCCACGUCGACCGGCGCCGCCAGCCCUGCCAGAGAGGUGAGGGGCAUGGGCGUCGGUCUUGCUGGUGUUCUUGCAGGCGCUGUUUUCUGGUUGUAG